AUCUUCCGGCGCGACACGGACGCCACCCCCGCGCGGGUCGGGCGCGACCGCAGCGGCGGGCGGUGGGCGCCCUGAGGGGAGGCUCGGCCGGGACCGGGGCGGCGGGCCGGGACUUCGGGACGCCGCGGCCGUUCGCCGGGCCCUAGGAUGGCACAAAAGAAGUAUCUCCAAGCAAAAUUGACCCAGUUUUUAAGGGAAGACAGAAUUCAACUUUGGAAACCUCCAUAUACAAAUGAAAAUAAAGAAGUUGGUUUGGCACUGAAGGACCUUGCUAAGAAGUACUCUGACAAGCUAGAAUGUUGUGAAAAUGAAGUAGAAAAGAUAAUAGAAGAAAUACGUUGCAAAGCAAUCGAGCGUGGCACAGGAAAUGAACACUAUAAAACCACAGGAAUUGCUACAAUUGAAGUCUUUUUACCCUCACGAUUAAAAAGAGAUAGGAAAAACUUGUUGGAGACCCGACUGCACAUCACUGGCAGAGAACUGAGAUCUAAAAUAGCUGAAACUUUCGGAUUUCAAGAAAAUUAUAUCAAAAUUGUCAUAAAUAAGAAACAACUUCAACUAGGAGAAACACUCGAGAAUCAAGGAGUGACUCACAAUGUAAAAGCUAUGGUGCUCGAACUGAAGCAGUCUGAAGAGGAUGCGAGAAAAAACACCCAGGUUGAAGAAGAAGAGCAAUGUGAAGCCAAACUAAAAGAAAAAAGAAUUCAGAGGACUAAGAGAGGGCUGGAGAUACUGGCAGAGAGAGCUGAGAUGGUGGUGGAUCCAGAAACCACACCGUACUUAGACAUAGCUAACCAGACAGGCAGAUCAAUCAGAAUCCCUCCAUCAGAAAGAAAAGCCCUUAUGUUAGCAAUGGGAUAUCAUGAGAAGGGCAGAGCUUUCCUGAAAAGAAAAGAAUAUGGAAUAGCCCUGCCAUGCCUGUUGGAUGCUGACAGAUAUUUCUGUGAGUGCUGCAGAGAACUGCUGGAUACAGUGGAUAACUACGCAGUGCUCCAGCUGGAUAUAGUGUGGUGCUACUUCCGCUUGGGACAGCUGGAAUGCCUUGAAGAUGCAGAGAAAAAAUUAAACAUGGCCCAGAAAUGCUUUAAAAAUUGCUAUGGAGAAAAUCAUCAGAGACUGGUCCACAUAAAAGGAAAUUGUGGAAAAGAGAAAGUCUUGUUUUUAAGACUUUACUUGCUUCAGGGUAUCCGAAAUUAUCACAGUGGAAAUGGUGAAGAGGCUUGUGAAUAUCUCAACAAGGCACGCCAGCUCUUCAAGGAGCUGUAUAUUGAUCCAUCAAAAGUUCACAAUUUGCUGCAGUUGGGAUUUACUGCCCAGGAAGCUCGGCUGGGCCUGAGGGCAUGUGACGGGAACGCGGACCAUGCAGCUGCCCACAUCACCCACCGCAGAGAGGAAUUGGACCAAAUAAGGAAGGAGGAGAGAGAGAAGAAGAGACGCCGCCUGGAGAACAUAAACUAUUUGAAAGAAAUGGGCUACUCCACGCAUGCAGCCAAGCAGGCGCUCCACCAGGCGGUCGGGAACCUGGAGGAGGCCCUGAAGAUUCUUCUCAGUAACCCUCGGAUGUGGUUGUUAAAUGACUCAGAUCCUGAAACCAACAAGCAUCAAGAAAGUCCUUCUCAGGAGAACAUUGACCAGCUGGUGUACAUGGGCUUCGACGCGGCGGCGGCCAGAGCGGCCCUGAAAGUGUUCAGGGGGAACGUCCAGCUGGCAGCCCAGACCCUCGCUCUCAAUGGAGGAAGUCUCCCUCCCGACCUGCAGCUCUCGGUGGAAGAUUCUUCACCAUCACCAUCCACGUCCCCGUCUGACUCUGCAGGUACAUCUAGUGCCUCAACUGAUGAAGAUAUGGAGACAGAGGCUGUCAAUGAGAUACUGGAAGAUAUUCCAGAACAUGAAGAAGAUUAUCUUGACUCAACUCUAGAAGAUGAAGAAAUUAUUAUUGCAGAGUACUUAUCCUAUGUAGAAAAUAUAAAGUCAGCAACAAAGAAAAACUAAGUGAUGAGUAGAAAUCAGUACUAAGUUUCUGCUUAUAAAUUCUAUCAUUAUGAAAAGUGCAACGCAGGUCUUUUUUUUCCUUACUUUUUAUGUCAUUUUGCUCCAGAGUGCUCCCUGCGUGGAGGGCUGGUCGGGCAGGCAGUGAGCAGGGAUGUGGAGCCCAGGAGGAGACGUGGUCAGGUGGGGGUGGGGUGCUGCGAGGAGCUGCCGCUGGCCUGACCUUGCUGUGUCCCGCUGCCUUCAGGUGCUGUAGUUCUCAUGCCGCCCUCUUGCUUGUCUUUUUCCUCCUGGAAAUGGGAAGGUCUGGAGAAUAGGGUGGCUCCUCGGCAGGGUCUCUGGAAGCACUGAUGGGGAGGGAAAGCGGGACCUGUCUCCUCCUCUUCGUCUUGCCGGGCUCUCCUGCCCUCCUGAGCCCGCUGCCGAUGCUGCUGCUUCCCGUGAUGCAGCUCUGCCUUCCUGCUUCACCGCCUCUGCCCCACCCCAAAAAUGUCCUUUAGAUCUUCAACCACUGCAAGUGCUUUGGGGGCCUAAAGAUGAGGCCUCAGCUUCAGUAGCGAUACCAAAUUGUGGCUGAUGCCCUCCACCUGUAACGCCAAUGUUUUGUUCUUAGUUUAGUAAAAUAGGCACUUGAAAUUCAAGGUUGAAACUCAGAAUUUAUAUGUAUUCAAAAUUCUUUACAAAAAUAAAGUCUUUUAUUAAAUGGGAAAGUCUUAAA